CAGAAAGCUGCUCUAGAUUUAUUUGAAUGGCAGAAUGACAAAGUUGGAACGCUCCACCCAUCAACCGCCCUCUCGCCCAUGCAGUAAUUAUUUCACGACUGUACCAGCGAUUGCAGGCUAGUAACCCCCUCUCUGCUUCGCGUCCUUGUUCACGAUCAUGCUGUCCGCUGUGAAUCUGAUCUACCACUUCUCUCAUCCCCAGGAACUGCUGGCCAUCAUCUACUGGAAAGGAUGGCGCCGGCCCGUGCACCCGCGCGACAAGAGCCGGGAGUCGCCCAACAUCCAGGAAUGCUACCGCCUCUUGGCACUGACGUCCCGCUCAUUUGUAGCCGUGAUCCAGGAGCUUGACCCUGAGCUCCUCAUGCCGGUCGUCGUGUUCUACCUCGUCCUCCGUGCUCUCGACACCAUCGAGGACGACAUGACCCUACCCCUCGAACAGAAGGAGCCCUUGUUGCGCAAAUUCCACUCCCACAUGGACGACGAGACCUGGACAUUCGAUGGCAGCGGCCCCAACGAAAAGGACAGAGAGGUGCUUGUUAAAUUUGACACCGUGUCCAGGGAGUUCAACAGGCUGAAGGACCAAUACAGGGUCAUCAUCAGAGACAUUGCCAGAAGCAUGGGCAACGGCAUGGCCGACUACGCAGCAAAGGCGGCCGCCAACCCCAACGGAGUCAGCGUCAAGACCGUCACGGACUACAAACUGUACUGUCACUAUGUCGCAGGCCUCGUUGGCGAGGGCCUUACUCGGCUGUUUGUCGAGGCCAAGUUUGCGGACCCGGCGCUUCUCGAGGAGAAGCCCCACCUGAUGGAGUCGAUGGGCCAGCUUCUGCAACAAGUCAACAUUACCCGCGACGUCCGGGAGGAUUACGACCAGAAGCGCUACUUCUGGCCCAAGGAAGUAUGGUCAAAGUACGUCGACACAUUUGGCGAGCUCUUCCUGCCGCAGAACCGAGAGAGGGCGCUGCAGUGCAGCAGCGAGAUGGUCUGCAUGGGCCUCAGCCGCGCCGAGGACUGCCUCGCCUACAUGUCGCGCGUCGAGGAGCAGUCGACCUUCAACUUCGUCGCCAUCCCGCAGGCGAUGGCCAUAGCGACGUUCGAGCUCUGUUUCCAGAACCCCGAGCUCUUCGACCGGAACAUAAAAAUGUCGAGGGGGUCGGCGUGCCGGAUCAUGAUCGACUCGACACAGGGCUUCCCGCGCCUCUGUGAGGUGUUCAGGCACCACGCCAAGAGGAUUCGGCAGAAGAACAGGCCCGGGGACCCCCACUUCACAGAGAUCGAUGCUGCUUGCUCCAGGAUCGAGCGGUUCGUGGAGGCCCGCUACCCGUCGGGAGCCAGGAGGAGGGCGCACGCAUCGGAACAAUGGACGCGUCUGGCAUACCUGGCUUGUGCAUUCUUUGCUUUUCUUGUGGCGUACAUGGCAAGUCAACAGCUACUUCAUGACCUUUUCGUCGCAAACAAGCCAUUUAUUAACGAAGAGAAGGUUGCCAUCGCCUGGACCAAUUAUUCGGCCGCGCCUUGA